AUGAUCUUUACCACAGUUCCCACACUGUUGGCCUGGUCCUUAUUGACUUUUCACUUGGCUGCAGCACGCGACCAUCCUGGGCUGCUUGAUGGAUUAGACAAGGUAAUUCCCUGGAAGAGGUUUGAAAAUAUUGCUAUCCUUGGGGAUAGCUACGCCGCAGGUAUAGGGGCGGGGAAAGUUCUGGAAGGAAAGGGAGACGCGAAGUGCUCGCGUUAUGAUGGAGCAUAUGGUUAUGUUCUCAAGAGCCUAUCCCCCAGAAAACACAACUUCCAAUUCAAGGCUUGCUCUGGAGAUACAACGGUAGAAAUCAAAAAGCAAGUUGAUUCCCUGAAGAACAAAUCGCAAAAUUUGGUUACGCUGUCUGCCGGAGGAAACGAUGCUCUGCUAUCAGAGAUCCUGCGAAAUUGCGUUGUUCUUCCGUCGAAUGAAAAUGCAUGUAACAAGGCGAUGGCAGCCUCACAGGCGGUAAUCGACAUGAAACUUCAAGGGAACGUUGAAGGGCUCUUAAAGAAGUUGGUCCAGAAGAUGAAGAAUAAUGGCGUUGUCCUCCAUACGCUAUACGGAACUUUCUUCAACUCAGAAACAAACCCCUGCGAUAAGCAAAGCUGGAGUCUUUUCAACAACUUAUUCCUAGACGGGGGCGGCGGCCUAAUGAUGACAAAAGAUCGACGCAAAAAGCUGAACAAGUUGGUACAAGACGCUAACGCGAAAAUUUCAAAAGCCAUUGACAACGUCAGCCGCGACAACAAACAUGUCAAACUCGUGAAGGUGGAGUGGGACGAUUUCGGAAUUAAAACCCAAGGAAGAUUUUGUGAAAAUAAACCGGUUGAGAAGAAGCAGAUGUUUUACAUGUAUGGUACCUCGCGACCCUACAUCCCUAGCCAGAAGAAGCAAAUCGCAUCAGACGGUGACUCUGCCGGCCCGAAUCAACAUGAUAUCCGGAAGCGACUUCCGGAUUCCCUUGGCAGAGUGUUUCAUCCUACCGAAUACGGACAUGGUGUCAUUGCUUCUCGCGCAGUUCUGGCUUUGUUCAGAGCCCUUGCCGGCGAAAAAGUAUGCGCUCAGCCCCCGAAGCCGAAGCCGAAGCCGAAGCCGAAACCGGGGAAGCCUCCAGGGAAGCCGAAGCAGAAAUGCGACACUAAUUGGGUAUCCUCCUAUCCCUUUAAUGCGUUCGACCUUACCCAUAAGGAGUUCUGCAGAGUGGUGAAGGGACAGAGUAAUCCUGGGCGUCCUGUACGAUUGACUGUCAACUCGAAGGGCAAUAUAAAGAUCUCUCCUAUCACCGUUCAAGACCCCAACAGCCCCGGCUAUCCAUUUUCAAGGAGAAAGAGAACCCCUCCUCCAAACCCCAAUACCUGGAAAGACAUCACUAUCCAAUAUACAUGGAGGGAAACGAUUGGCGGGACGUGUUCCGCGAGCUGUGAUGAGGCGUAUUCCCUGAUCGCCAGAUCUGAAUGCGGCCACCAAGGCACACAGCAAAACCAGAUGACUGUCGAGGGUAAAAUCGACGUGGGAUGCGGAGUCUACUCUUAUUCCUUGCACGGCCCGCCACGGCUAGUGCCAACGGAACCUCGAAAGGCCCCAAAACAAGAUCCGCCGAAAAAGCCAGCGGUGCCAAAAAGCCCAGAGUGUUAUGGUGCGCACCAGUUCACAACGAAAGGCGAUGUAAAUCCAUUCGUGCAAAAAUUUACUGCUUCAAAGGCGUGUGGUAAAGUCCCGCGCAAGACUAUGAAACAAGGCGACAAGCCCAUCGUCUACCAUGAAAAAGUCGGGCAAAUGCCAUAUCGCUAUGCAAUCACGUGGCUCCAUGGCUGCAAGAGCACUGUUACGCAGAUGAACGUUCUCAAUCCUGUAAAGGGUGAUAAGGCUAGCUGCAUGACAUUGAUGAAGAGGUCGUACUCAGAUUGCAAAGGAAAUCAAGGUAGAGGCGGUUAUUUUGACGUCGGCUGUCUGCGAUACGAAUUUGCUCCACGGGACGUCAAGUAG